AUGGCUACAAUUGAAGAUACUUCAAAAGAUAACAAUAAUCCAAUUUUAGAACGUAAAAAAGCUCCAAAUAGAUUAUUUGUUGAAGAAGCUAUAAAUGAUGAUAAUUCAGUUGUUACAUUAAAUCCAGAUACUAUGGACCAAUUACAAUUUUUCAGAGGUGAUACACUUUUGAUCAAAGGUAAAAAGAGAAGAGAUACAGUUUGUAUUGUACUCAGUGAUCCAACAAUUGACCCAUCAAAAAUUCGUAUGAAUAAAGUAGUUAGAAAUAAUCUUCGUGUUAGAUUAGGUGAUAUGAUUUCAGUUCACCAAAUUCCAGAUGUUAAAUAUGGUAAACGUAUUCAUGUAUUACCAAUUGAUGAUACCAUUGAAGGUCUCAGUGGCAAUCUUUUCGAUCUCUUUUUAAAACCAUACUUUUUAGAAGCUUAUCGUCCAGUUCGUAAAGGUGAUCUCUUUUUAGUUCGUGGUGGUAUGAGAGCCGUAGAAUUCAAAGUGGUAGAAACUGACCCAGCCGAAUAUUGUAUUGUUGCACCAGAAACUUUUAUACAUUGUGAAGGUGAACCAGUUAAAAGAGAAGACGAAGAUCGUCUUGAUGAAGUUGGUUAUGAUGAUAUUGGUGGUGUCCGUAAACAAUUAGGUCAAAUUAGAGAAUUAGUAGAACUUCCAUUACGUCAUCCACAAUUAUUCAAAAAUAUUGGUGUUAAACCACCAAAAGGUAUUCUCUUAUAUGGUCCACCAGGUUGUGGUAAAACUAUGAUUGCUCGUGCUGUUGCCAAUGAAACUGGUGCUUUCUUCUUUUUAAUUAAUGGUCCAGAAAUUAUGUCAAAAUUAGCUGGUGAAUCAGAAUCAAAUCUUAGAAAAGCUUUUGAAGAGGCUGAAAAGAAUGCUCCAUCAAUUAUUUUCAUUGAUGAAAUCGAUUCAAUUGCACCAAAGAGAGAAAAAACCCAAGGUGAAGUUGAACGUCGUAUUGUUUCACAAUUACUUACUCUUAUGGAUGGUCUUAAAUCAAGAGCUCACGUUAUUGUUAUGGGUGCCACCAAUCGUCCAAAUUCAAUCGAUCCAGCCCUUCGUCGUUUCGGUCGUUUCGAUCGUGAAAUCGAUAUUACCAUUCCAGAUGCCACUGGUCGUCUCGAAAUUCUCCGUAUUCACACUAAAAAUAUGAAACUCGACGAAACUGUUGAUCUCGAAGCCGUCUCAAAUGAAACUCAUGGUUACGUUGGUGCCGAUCUUGCUGCUCUCUGCACUGAAUCAGCUCUUCAAUGUAUUCGUGAAAAGAUGGAUGUUAUCGAUUUAGAAGACGAUACCAUUUCAGCUGAAAUUCUUGAAUCAAUGUCAGUCACUCAAGAUCACUUUAGAACUGCCCUUACCCUUAGCAACCCAUCAGCUCUUCGUGAAACUGUUGUUGAAGUUCCAACUACCACUUGGGAAGAUAUUGGUGGUCUCGAAGGUGUCAAGAGAGAACUCAGAGAAACUGUUCAAUAUCCAGUUGAACAUCCAGAAAAAUUCCGUAAAUUUGGUAUGCAACCAUCAAAGGGUGUUCUUUUCUAUGGUCCACCAGGUUGUGGUAAAACUUUAUUAGCCAAAGCUAUUGCCAAUGAAUGUCAAGCUAACUUUAUCUCAAUUAAAGGUCCAGAACUUUUAACUAUGUGGUUUGGUGAAUCUGAAGCCAAUGUUCGUGAACUCUUUGAUAAAGCCCGUCAAGCUGCUCCAUGUGUUUUAUUCUUUGAUGAAUUAGAUUCAAUUGCUCGUUCAAGAGGUUCAUCACAAGGUGAUGCCGGUGGUGCUGGUGAUCGUGUUAUCAAUCAAAUUCUUACUGAAAUGGAUGGUAUGAAUGCUAAAAAGAAUGUUUUCAUUAUUGGUGCUACCAAUCGUCCAGAUAUUAUUGAUCCAGCUAUUUUACGUCCAGGUCGUCUUGAUCAACUUAUUUAUAUUCCAUUACCAGAUUUACCAUCACGUAUGGCCAUUCUUAAAGCUUGUCUCAAGAAAUCACCAGUCGCUAAAGAUGUUGAUUUAGACUUUUUAGCUCAAAAGACUCAAGGUUUCUCAGGUGCUGAUUUAACUGAAAUUUGUCAACGUGCUUGUAAAUUAGCUAUUCGUGAAUCAAUUGAAAAAGAUAUUCAAACCACCAGAGCCCGUCAAGAAAGUGGUGAUACUACAAUGGAUGAAGAUACCUCUGAUCCAGUCCCAGAAAUCACUCGUGAUCACUUUGAAGAAGCUAUGAAAUCUGCUCGUAGAUCUGUCUCUGACAAUGAUAUUAGAAAAUAUGAAAUGUUUGCUCAAACCUUAGUUCAAUCACGUGGUCUUGGUAACAACUUUAAAUUCCCAGAUCAAGAAGGUGAACAAUUCAACCAAGAUGAUGGUGAUGAUUUAUUCAGAAAUUAA